CCCGGAUGCUGCUCGCACCGGAAGAGAAGGGGCAGCUCUCCCAGCCAUCUUGUGGCAGCAUCCAGCGAUCCGGUCGCAUCAAGCCUCGUAGAAUCGGAGGUGAAUCCCGCUGAAGGGGCGCCAUCAUGCCCGGACACCUGCAGGAAGGCUUCGGCUGCGUCGUGACCAACCGGUUCGACCAGCUAUUGGACGACGAGUCCGACCCGUUCGAGAUCCUGAAAGCCGCCGAAAACAAGAAGAAGGAGGGGGCCGCCGCUGGCUCCGCCAAGACCGCGGCUCAAGCCGCCAAGCAGCCUAAGAAGGAGUCACAGAAGGACAGAAAAAACCCGCUGCUGGACAAGAAGGAGGAGACCCAGGCGCCGGUUCCCCUCAAGAAGGAAGGAAUCAGGCGAGUCGGCAGGAGGCCGGACCAGCAGGGCCAGUCUGGACCGCCACACCAGGGCGGGCAGGGCGAGGGUCGCUCCGGGGACAAGCGGCCGGACCGGAGACCUCCCCGGGAGCGCCGUUUCGAGAAGCCUGCCGAGGACAAGCCUGAAGGUGGCGCCGACUUCUCUGCAGACAAGCCUUCUGGAGACCGGCCCCCCAGAGGGCGUGGUGGCGGCCGGGGUGGGCGUGGUGGAAGAGGACGGGGCAUGGGCCGAGGCGAGGGCUUCGAGUCGCGUGGGAAACGGGACUUCGACAGACACAGCGGCAACGACAAAUCCAAUCAGAAGAGCGAGGAGAAGCGCGGCGGCGGCGGCUCGCACAACUGGGGCAACGUGAAGGAUGAAGUGAGCGAGGCUGAACAGACGGCUGCUCCUGAGACGACCCCGGAGGGAGAGGAGGCCGCCCCCGCCGGCUCCGAGAACAAGGAGAACGAGGUGGAGGAGGUGAAAAACGAAGGACCACGAGAGAUGACCCUGGACGAGUGGAAGGCCAUGCAGGACAAGGAGCGCACCAAGGUGGAGUUCAACAUCCGCAAGCCCAACGAGGGCGCCGACAGCCAGUGGAAGAAGGGCUACGUGCUGCACAAGUCCAAGAGCGAAGAUGUGAGUGAGAGGCCUGUUGGCGCUUUGAUUGACUCCUCAGAGACGGAAGCAGAAACACACACUCUCUACCACAAGGGCGCCGCCGACGAGUCCGGCGACCACCAUUUCCGCAAACCAGCCAACGACAUCACAUCCCAGCUGGAGAUUAACUUUGGAGACCUGGGGCGCCCCGGCCGCGGGCGUGGGGGCGCGCGCGGCGGCAGAGGGGGCCGCGGCGGGGGAGGCAACAGGACGGCGCGUGGGGGAGGACGCUCCGAAAAGGCCAGCGGAGUGUCGGUGCCCAACGUGGACGAUCCCGAGGCGUUCCCCGCCCUGGCCUGAGGGCCUCCUCUUCCACCACCAGCCCACCCAUCAGCCCUUCCGGGGCCCCUCCUCUACGAGGCUUGCAUGCUUACCACAUCUUCAAGUAUAUAAAACAACGAGAGAGAGAGAAAAAAAAAAUUUUAAUGACAAAAAAAAAAGAAAACGAGACAGUCAUCCCAUACCACUCACACCACCAGAGGACUCAGAUUUUACCUGUUUUAAAGGAGAACAAA